AAGACUUUCCGGACGGGAGAGACAGCUGAUGCAAAACGUUCACCUGCUCGUCGCCGGCUACAUGAUUUCAGCUACUGUAUUGUAGUUGUAUAGAAAACGUACCCUUUGUUGAAAUAUUGCAAGCGAACAUGUUGCUGCAUGGCAGACUAUCAGAGUUAUGUAUUUUUCUACAGGCUAUGUUUGUUUUAGCGUGCUGUUUCAGCGAUAUAGAUUUGGGGCCUAUCGCGACGAGUGGAUCUGUUCAACCAAACGGCGAUCGUUUUAAACUCGAGGGUCGGGCAAUCGUUCCUGGAGUGAAAACACAAGACUGGAUUUCAUCAGCCCGAGUCACGGUAGAGGGAGAAGAGUAUAUAGGCUUUUUGAGAACUGAUGGAAGCUUCGUCGUCAAUGAUGUUCCCUCAGGAUCCUACGUUGUGGAAGUGAUCUCACCUGGAUACAAAUUUGAAGCAGUCCGUGUAGACAUCACAUCUAAAGGCAAAAUGAGGGCCCGCCUUGUGAACUUCAUCAAGACGUCCGAGGUGAUCCGCCAGCCUUACCCGCUCCAGCUGAGGUCCUCUGGGCCACACGCCUACUUCAUGAAGAGAGAGACCUGGGGAUGGACUGACUUCCUCAUGAAUCCCAUGGUCAUGAUGAUGGUCCUUCCUCUCCUCAUUAUCGUCCUGCUGCCUAAGGUUGUCAACACCAAUGACCCUGAGAUGAGAAAGGAAAUGGAGCAGUCAAUGAACAUGCUGAACCCCAACCCUGAGCUACCUGACGUGUCUGAGUUCAUGACCAAGCUGUUCUCCGGCUCCAAGGGCUCCAGCAGCAAGGCUGUAGCUGGCAGCAAGGCUAGUGGCCGCCCGGCAGUCAAGAGGAGGUAGUACCAGAAUGUUACAUGCUCCCCGGGUCACCACCCCGGGUCAGCACCCCGGGCCUGAGGAACCACUCUAACUGGUCAUGCCAUGGAAAUAAUAAUACCAUUUUUAAAGAGCUUUUUCAUUCAUCAGUUGUACAGUUGUUUUUUGAGAGGGGUCUUUUCAUUUUUGUCUGAAAUACAAGUCUGGCUGUCUGAUUGUAAGUGGAAUGACUGAGGAUAUGAGAAGGCUUGAGGGUAAAAAAUUAUUAUUUUUUUUAUUUUUUUUGCACUACGCUGUUCAAACCCUCGAUACGAAAGAAAGAUUUUACUCUUUAUUUGAUGUUUUGCAUUGUACCUGUGAGUGACUUUGUUAUGCCUGCUUGGUCCCUUCAUGUACUCCUUCCCGUUUAACCCUCGUCCCCUUGGAUAGAUGGGAUAAUAACUCUAACAACCCUCUGGUGUGCGCUACUGUCCUGCAGCAUCAGUCAGCAAUUCUAAUUCUUCCACUACUUGAAUGAGCGCUUGCAUCAAUAUUCAGAGAUUUUCUUCUUUUUUUUUUGAGUUGGGGGGGGCCUAGUUCAGGGGUGUUCAACUCUGACCCUACGAGGUCCGUAGUCUGCUGGUUUUCUGUUUUUACCUGAUAAUUCAUUGCACCCACCUAGUGUGCCAGGUCUAAAUCAGUUUGUGAUUUAGAGGGGAAUAAUACAACAUUUUAAAAAGCAGUGGCUACUGGCUUCGAGGUCCAGAGUUGAAUAUGAGGGGCCUAAGUAAUACGACUGUGAAUGGACUGUAAAAUUGAUAGAAUUUUAAUUAUGAAGAAAAAUACUUAUUUAAAUACCUAGGUGAAAUAAAAUGUAGAUGGUGAAACUGUGUCGUUAUCAGUUGUGUUCUGUGGAUAGUGUGUUCCUUGGAGAGGGAACACCAUAAAGAACGUUGGCAGUGCUCAGCCGGGCGGCUGUCCUAUCGCCUCUGACCAAUAGAACAUCUGCCAGCAUUUUAUUUUCAUCCUGAUGACUACGUGUUGAAUCGUAUUGUGCCACUGGAGGUGAAAUACUUGGAAAAGCGAAAGCAUUUGCCAAGAAUGUUUUCAUUAAUCAAGAACAAAAGUCGGAGGUUCGCGGACGAUCAGAUACCGUUGUAGUUCUGACCAGAAACUAGCGAUCCGGCGGUGUUAUUCCCAUGACCCGCCGGGCAGCGUCCGGGAAACCAAAGUCUUUCGGUACCGGGGUGAGUAUGGUUGCAAAGCUGAAACUUAAAGGAAUUGAUGGAAGGGCACCACCAGGAGUUGAGCCUACGGCUUAAUUUGACUCAACAUGGGAAACCUCACCCGGCCCGGACACGGAAAGGAUUGACAGAUUGAUAGCUCUUUCUCGAUUCUGUGGGUGGUGGUGCAUGGCCGUUCUUAGUUUGUGGAGCGAUUUGUCUGGUUAAUUCUGAUAACUA